GUGACAGAUGACAGACUUCACCAUAGAUUAAGGAUAGGCUUAACAAAUCAUAUGCAAGUUUACUUUUUAUGUCAUAUUCUCUGUACUAUUUUUUAACACUGUUUAUUUUAAAUAUACUUAUAUUAGCUAUGUAUGAUUUAUAUGUUCUUAUACAUUAUUUAUAAAAGUUUAAAAAGUGAAUUUUAUCGUACUUUUUACAAAAUUAAGUUUUUUGUUUUAUUUAAAGGAGUGAAGUCGGUAACUAUAAAAUUUAAAUAUAACCAGGUGGACUGAAGGCAUAACAUCUCAUCUUGAUCUCUUCGAAUACAUUCCUUUUAAAAAUAACCAAUAUCACAUUGGCAAAGUUACAAACUUCAUGGUGUACAUUAGUAAACUUCUAGCAAUAUUUAUGUUAGCAUUUAUUAAGUUAUAAAGUAACUUAUUAAAAUGUCGGAUCCUACUAUUCAAACUUUCUGCUGUCAUCAUACUGGUAACGAUGAAGAUUUAGCAGUAAGGAUAAUGAAUGAAUUUAAUACUGAUUCUUAUAAUGCAGUUUGCCUUGUCUCUUCAUCAGUUGGAAUAUUAGGAUCUGUGUAUCAGAUUUUUCCAGGCAUUUUAUCAGGAGGUCCACAAAGAUGGCAGACACAGGGUUCUAUACGUGGCCGGCAUAUUAUAAUUUGGUUGGCAAUUGCAGAUCUAUUUGCUUCUUUUGGUAUUUUGCUGCGUUCUGCAUUGUGGUUACAGUACAAAAAUAUUAUGCCAAUGCCAGAUGAUGAUGUGAGUGUGUUGUUUUGCAGCAUAGUAUCUGCAUGGACACAAUAUUUUUAUACAGCAACAUGGUUCUGGACAUUAUUUUAUGCUAUAGAUACAUGGUUCACUAUAAGGGGACAGGAUUCCUAUAUAUUCGUUUUUCAUUUACUUGCUUGGAGUAUACCUGUGGUUACUACUGGUAUAGGAUUAUCUAUAUUGUAUUUUCCAGAUGCUACAUGUCAUAAUUUAACUUCAAUUUCAAGUGCACUCUAUAAAAUUUUACCAAAUUAUUGUGCCACAUACAUACCGAUAACUAUAGUAAUGAUAGUGAACCCAAUUGUAUAUGUGUUAGCUGGGAAAAAUGUGGAAAUGGCAGUUGCAUUACCUUUAGCACAGUUUACUAGUAAGGAGAGAAGAAUAGUAGACACAUUGAGAUUGAAGUUUUUUCUCAUAAAUGUGGUUUUUUAUGUUUGUUGGUUGCCAAAUCUCGUAAAUGGUGUAUUGAUUUGGACAAUGUGGUUUAAGAUGCCAGUAAAAGUUAUAAUUAUUAUAUGGUAUAUAAUGGCAUUUUUAAAUCCGAUGCAAGCUCUAUUUAAUGCCCUUGUUUAUCGGAAAUGGAAUAAGAAUACAAGAGGUAUUAGUUCUGUUUUUCAAGUAACACCAAAAGAAUGUGACUUUUAUGAUGAACAAUCGCCAUUGCUGGGCUCGGAGCCUUCUCAUCUACAAUUGGCGCUCACACCACCUGCUAUAAAUAAUUAUGCUACUAUUUGAUAAUUCUCAUGUUUUUAAUUAUGCAACAAUUUUAGUACAAUAAAAUGUGAUAAGUAAUACACAGUAUUUAAUAAGUUUGUAUUAGUGAAAAAUUGAAUUGUUACUUAUUGAUGUUUUUAAUUUAUAUGAAAUAUACAUUUUUAAAUACUUA